CUCUGCCGGCUUCCGGGUCCUCAUCUUGGCCCAACCUAUCCGGAAGUGGGUGGUGGCCCAGCGGUCACCCCAUCAUCACCACCGUCGACGUUAGCACCAGCUGGGAUGAAGCUCGACUUCGCGGGAGCGCAGGGGUUAGUAUUAUUUCACGUCUGAUCGGAACCCCACGAACGUCACCUUCCAAACGCGAUCUGGUCGUGGGCUGCGUCGUCUUGUUGGGCCAAAACGAGGUGGCAUGAUGGAGGAGAUCGACAGAUUCCAAGUGCCCAAUGCCGUGCAGGAAGGAGAGAUGCAGCCGCUGGACCCAGCCUUGUCCACGGCCUCGGAGGCCGAUUCAGGCAACAGAGAGGGCGAACCCGUCACAAUCAACUACAAGCCUUCCCCCCUGCAGGUUAAAAUCGAGAAACAGAGAGAGCUGGCCAGGAAAGGCUCAUUGAAGAACGGCAACGGCGUGGGCAGCCCAGUCAACAAUCAGCCCAAGAAGAACAACGUCAUGGCCAGAACGCGGUUGGUAGUGCCCAAUAAAGGCUAUUCCUCGUUAGACCAGAGUCCGGAUGAGAAGCCCCUGGUUGCGCUCGACACAGACAGUGACGAUGACUUCGACAUGUCAAGAUACUCGUCGUCGGGAUACUCCUCUGCCGAGCAAAUCAACCAAGAUCUCAACAUCCAGCUGCUGAAGGACGGGUACCGCUUGGAUGAGAUACCGGACGACGAGGACCUGGACCUGAUCCUGCCCAAGUCAGUCAACCCGACUUGCAUUUGCUGCCAGGCGACACCCUCCACUACCUGUCACAUCCAGUAGCCCGCCCCGUUUCUGAGCGCAGUGCAACCCCGAUGUUCAUCUCCUCAUCAGUUUUCUUUGUUGUCUAGAGUGACAGCGGUGACACACCGGUAGAAAAUAUAUAACCGACUCAAAUGUGCUAGAAUAGGAAUGACCAAUCCAUUCAUUCAUAGUACGUUUUGCUUAAAACUGCGAGAAGGCAAAAGAUAAAGAGAGUCAAUAUACACGAGUCACAGAGAGUUAGCGACAUUGGGCUUUCCGUGAAAUUUAAGGAUGUAACUCAAGUGCAGGAUAACUUUUCAAUUUCAUCUGCCUGCUAAAACUCCUUAAAACUUUUGCAUGCCCUUCCAACUGUUCGUUGUUUCCGUGGUUUUUGCCGAACUUGCCGUUUUCAAACAAAAAGCAGACACGGCAUAAUUCACAAUUGUUCGUUCUUUGAAUGCACUAAAACGUAUCCUGGUUCAAUUCGAAAUAUUUUAACAGGCCUCUUCAACGAGCUGUUCACAUUUUGAUAUUCUGAAACCCAGAUGACGGCCAAAAUUUGAUCAGCAGUAGCUGGCCGUUGCCUGGCUUCAAACAGAAUGCUCUACGACCACUGAGCAGCAUCGGCAGGUGGAAACGGAAAGACCGGCGAAGUCACAGAAAUGCAUAGAAGGAGAAAUUAUUGGAAUUGUUUUAGUUUUUUUAAUAAUCAGCUGUUCUGCUCUUUGUUUUUGCACAGCGAGUGACAGUGCUAAAUGCGACCGCGCUGGACUAUUGUGAAAACAAACACAGUGGCUAACUCGCAGCCACAUACCGACUCUCGCACAAAUAACGAACAUGCUGGAAUGGAAAAAACUGCACCCCCUGCUGUUUUUAUUGGGAGCGCAUCGUUUAAAAGCGCCACAUAUAUACUUCCUUUUUCAAGUAUAGCCCCAUUUACUGACUGUACUUAUGCAACAGAGACUCUCCGCGCUUCACUUUUUAGCCACAGGUAUGAAUUAGAACUACACUGGAAUAUUGUAAAAUACUGCCUUGGUCAGCCUCGGUGGCAUUCGGUCUUUGAACAUUUGGACGUUUACAUUUAAGAGUUUAGAGCGCUUCAAUAUAAGUCCCGCUGUAGAGGUGAUAUUGCUAUUGAGUUUUAUCCUGAAAUUUCACCCCAAAGCUGAAUAUCCCUAGCUUUUUCUGACGACUGUGUAUGUAGAGUAUAUACUGUAUCGAUACACAAGAUAUGAAUGCCGGUGUUUUCCUCCUAUGGUAGGACAUGCACUUUCCCCUCAACAUGAUUUUAAAACAGUGAUGAUGAUGAUGAUAUUGCUGACUCAACGGCUCCACUUACCUAAAAUAUGGUUUCCAUGUGUAACUACCGUUGUGCUGUUUUUGUUGUCCUGAAUUUAAUUGCUGCGUGUUGAUGAGGCAAACCACUGCAGUCUUGGCGCUCCAAGUACUGUAAUAUUGUACUGUACAAGGUUGCGAUGUAGCACAGCGCGGGCCACUUCCCCCCCCCCCCCCCCCCCCCCCCCCCCCCCCCCCCGCCCCGCCAUCCUCAUCCAGUCCUCUGUCCUACUGGCUUCGAAUGUAUCCUGACAGGCUUUAGGGAUGAAUGUAGGGACACGGUUGAAGCGCAAACUGAAUUAUGAUCACUGGAUGAGAUACAGUAACUUGAAAAACAGAAGUUCAGGAGGAACGAUUGCACAUUUCAUUUCUCCCCUUCCCAGCAUGUUAUGGGUUGUAUCAUUUCAAUUUGCACACGUUAUUUUCACCUUUUCGGGCCUGUUGUUUUGCACAGCUGCGAUACUGUUUUUUCCCCUGAAGUAGGAAAAAAAAACGCAUGAAAAGGGAGAUUGCUCUUUUUGGUUAGAAGGCAUGAGGACAAAGGACAAAGUACAGUAUUUCAUGUCAAAAAGGUUUAAAGGUUCGUACAUUUUCUAGUGUCCAUCAUGAGGCGCAAAAAGGAUUUGACUCCUGCCUUUGCACACAUACAUGCAUGCAUGUACUGUACAUAAGCACCAUGCCAAUGUGAAUAGUCGGUGGGAAAUUGUGGGUCUUGCGGCUUCAGUGACUGACCUAGCUCCCUUAAAUGAACUGAUUAUUUGCAGUUAGAGUUGCCUUAAGUACAAACAAGCAAACAAUAUGUUUAUUAUUUUUUGCGAUGAUGUUGCCAUGAGGAGUUACUUUAAUAAAGCUGGUGUAACUUUUUUUUUUGAUUGAUUUUUGAUGAUUUUUUUUCUCUUAGAAUCAUUUUGGUUUUAUAAACACUCCCAUUAUAGUAUUUAACGUUGUUAUUGUUACGUGUGGUCUAUGAAAACAAAUAAACACACAGCUAAUAGAACGUUAA